AUGGGAUUGUCGAACACUUAUGAAGACACAAACAUGUUGGGUUUUUCCCUGCCAGCAAUUCUUGAAAUAAAUAAAUAUUGUGACAUAAAUUUGAUUCUGUUUUAUAUGUUUGCAACUUUCCUGAUUUGUGGGCUCAUCAACUGGGCCUUUUCAUCCGGUGGUCCCGCAUGGAAAAACGGCCGCAAUAAAAUGGGCCGGACCCCAAUCCCCGGGCCCAUUGGGCUUCCCAUUUUCGGUAGCCUAUUCAGCUUGAGCCGCGGCUUGGCUCACCGCAAGCUAGCCCGCAUGGCUUCGAGCAACGCCGCGAGGAGGCUCAUGGCCUUCAGCUUGGGCUCCACUCCCGCCGUAGUCACCGCCGACCCAUGCAUCGCGCGUGAGAUCCUGGCCAGCCCGCACUUCGCCAGCCGCCCGAUCAAGGAGUCGGCUAAGCAUCUGAUGUUCAGCCGAGCCAUCGGGUUCGCCCCAGAUGGGCCCCAUUGGCGGAUGCUGAGGAGUGUCGCCUCAACCCACCUCUUUGCGCCCAGGCGCAUACUGGCCCACCAGGGGGGCCGCCAGCUAGAGUGCUCAGCCAUGCUUAGCGCAGUAGCUGGCGAGCAAUCCCUGAAGGGACAUGUGCAGCUCAGGAAGCACCUGCAGGCCAUGUCCCUAAACACGAUCACAGAUAUCGUGUUUGGGAAAAGGUAUGACGUGGUGGAGCAUGAUGACGAAGCCCUAGAACUGAAUGAGCUAGUAAGAGAGGGAUUUGAGCUCUUGGGAGCUUUCAAUUGGUCCGAUCAUCUCCCGUGGCUCAAGUAUUUCUACGAGCCGUCCCGUGUUCGAGAGCGGUGCGUGGCUCUAGUGCCUCGAGUUGAGAGACUCGUUAAGAAGAUUAUCAAGGAACAUUGCGAUAGAGAUGGUAGUACUGAAAAAACACGCGAAGAAUAUGACUUCGUCGACGUGUUACUAUCUCUCUAUGGAGAAGAGAAACUUGACGAGGAUGAUAUGGUGGCUGUGUUGUGGGAAAUGAUAUUUCGAGGCACCGACACAACAGCCCUUCUAAUAGAAUGGGUCAUGGCUGAAUUAAUCCUAAACCCUAAAAUCCAAUCAAAUAUCCACAAAGAACUCCAAACCCUAGUGCCAAACACCUCAUCAUCUCACGUCAUCAUCGCGGACACCGACAUUGCCAGGUCACCCUACCUGGAGGCGGUAGUGAAGGAGGCGCUCCGGCGCCACCCGCCAGGGCCCCUCCUUUCGUGGGCCCGCCUCUCAACGACAGAUUUCCCCCUCAGCAACGGCAUGGUGAUACCGGCCUACACGACCGCAAUGGUGAACAUGUGGGCCAUAGCUCACGAUCCGAUGAUCUGGGGCGACAAUACCUUCGAGUUUAGGCCGGAGAGGUUUCUGGCCUCGGACGGUGGGACCGGUGUUGAUGUUAGGGGUGGUGAUUUGAGGCUGGCUCCAUUCGGGGCAGGCCGCCGGGUCUGUCCCGGACGGAAAUUAGGGUUAGCCAGUGUUUCUAUGUGUGUGGCUGAGUUGGUGAUGAAGUUUGAAUGGAUUGAAGACAAAAGCAAGCCUGUUGAUUUGAGUGAGGAGUUGAAGCUUUCUUGUGAGAUGAAGAAGCCUCUCUCGGCUAUUGUGAUUCCAAGGGUUAAUUGA